AAAAUAUUACACCUAUUUUAUAAUUUGGCAAAAAUUGCUAAUUUAUUUUCAUAUGACGUUUAUGUAAACACCACGUCUGGUACAAUACGGGGGAAACAAUUGGAUAUAUUUGGUCACAAAACCUACCAGUUUUUAAACAUACCAUACGCUGAGCCACCAAUCAAUGAGUUGAGAUUUGCUAAGACUGUACCACUUAAACAACCAAAAAAAGAUAUUAUUGAUGGUACAGAUUUUGGAAAGUCAUGUUUUCAAAAUUUCAUGUUCGUUCAUAAAUUAACGCCAGACCCCAGUGAAGAUUGUCUAACUAUUAAUAUUUGGACACCAAAUAUGCCAAUCAGUAAUAAUAUAUCUACUGAUAAAACAUUAAAUAAUUCAACAUUAAAACCAGUAAUGUUUUGGAUAUAUGGCGGYGCUUUUAAGUUAGGGUCAAUACAUUGGCCGCCAAUAUAUACAGGAUAUGCACUGACCAAACAUGAUGUUGUGUUAGUGACAGCUAACUAUAGAGUUGGUCCGUUUGGUUGGCUAUAUGGCGGUACCGAUGAUGUUCCUGGAAAUCAAGGACUAUAUGACCAACUUGUGGCACUCCAAUGGGUCAGAGAUAAUAUAAAUAUUUUCGGUGGUGACGCCAAUCAGAUAACAAUAUUUGGCGAAAGCGCCGGAAGUAUAUCAAUAUCGGCUCAUAUCAUUUCACCGCAAGCAAGAGGUUUGUUUAGGAGGGCUAUAAUGCAAAGCGGAUCAAUACAUUUGUUAGAGGCUAACAGUGUCGAGUUAUUAUCAAAAAAUUUGGUAUUCAAUGAUACCAAACAAAUGGCCAAAUCGUUUAACUGUUCCGUUGAUAACACAGACAACAAAUGGUUAGACUGUUUAAGAAAAGUCGACGCAUUGGCUAUAAAUAGCUAUGAAAUGAAAUAUACAUUUCCAUUACUACAAACUCACUAUUUGCCUAUCAGUGCUCAACAAGCAUUUAAAACGGGAAACUUUAAUAAAGAUAUCGAUAUAUUGAUUGGUGUCAAUAAAAAUGAAGGACCGUUAAUAUCGUUGAURUAUUUUCCAAUGGCUAAACUAUUAUCAUUUUUAAUCCCUUUACUUGGUUUGACCAAACAUACUAAUCAGCAAAUGGCACACCAUAGUGCUGAAUUAGAGCAUGUUUUUGGACUACCAGUGCUAUUGGGAACAAGGGAUACCAAGUUCAGCACUGAUGUAAUGACAAUGUGGACAAACUUUGCAAAAUAUGGGUAA